AUGUGUGAGCUAUGCGCCCGAGUGGACCGCGGCUUAACCGCUCCAGGUGGCUCGUUACUGCUGGCCGGUCGCCCUGGACUUGGUCGAGCUGACGCGAUUCGUCUAAUUGCCAAUAUGCAUCAAAUGGCUCUCUUCACACCAAAGAUCACGCCAAAUUACGGACAGAAACAAUUUGAUUCCGAAUUGAAAAAUGCGAUGUUUCUCCUCGAGGACUACAAAAUCCUGAAACAGAGCUUUCUCGAAUCGAUUAAUUGCCUGAUCUCCAGCGGCGAGGUCCCUGGUCUCUUCACUCCU